UGUUUUUUUCUCUCAUAGCAACAUUGAUGUAAGUGGAGUGACGCGACUGCGUGUCGAUCGAACGAAUAAUUCCUAAAAAUACAGCUCAAAUAAGUGAUACCGAUAUUAUUUGCGAGUGUCUGCUGAUUUUAAAGAUAAAAUCAAUUUGACGCAUCCGGCAUGGAGCAGAUCCCACCCCCCAAGGAGGUGAAGAUCCUCGAGACAGCCGAGGAUAUCCAAGAGCGCCGUGAGCAGGUGCUGAACCGCUAUGAAGACUUCAAGCAGGAGGCGCGCGCCAAGCGCGAGCGGCUGGAGGACUCCCGCCGCUUCCAGUACUUCAAGCGCGACGCCGACGAGCUCGAGUCCUGGAUCCAGGAGAAGCUGCAGGCCGCUAGUGACGAGAGCUACAAGGACCCCACAAAUUUGCAGGCCAAAAUCCAAAAGCACCAAGCGUUCGAGGCCGAAGUGGCCGCCCAUUCGAACGCCAUCGUGACCCUGGACAACACGGGCACUGAGAUGAUCAACGCCGGCCACUUCGAAUCCGAGACCAUCCGCAGGCGGCUGGACGAGCUGCAUCGCCUGUGGGAGCUGCUGCUGUCGCGGCUGGCGGAGAAGGGGAUGAAGCUGCAGCAGGCGCUGGUGCUGGUGCAGUUCUUGAGGCACUGCGAUGAGGUCAUGUUCUGGAUCAGGGACAAGGAAACGUUCGUGAACGCCGACGAGUUCGGUUCCGACUUGGAACACGUGGAGGUGCUCCAACGGAAGUUCGACGAGUUCCAGAAGGACAUGGCGGCGCAGGAGUACCGCGUCACUGAGGUCAACAAGCUGGCCGAGCGCCUCGUGGUCGAGGGCCACCCCGAGAGGGAGACCAUCGUCAAGACUAAGGAUGAGCUGAACGAGGCCUGGCAGCGUCUCCGCCAGAUGGCGCUGAUGCGUCAAGAGCGUCUGUUCGGCGCCCACGAGAUCCAGCGCUUCAACCGCGACGCGGACGAAACCAUCGCCUGGAUCUCUGAGAAGGAUGUCGUCCUCGGAUCUGACGACUAUGGACGUGAUCUGGCCACCGUGCAGACGCUCCAGCGCAAACACGAAGGCGUCGAGCGUGACCUAGCAGCUUUAGAGGACAAAGUGUCGACAUUGGACGGCGAGGCCGCGCGCUUGGCUGCAAUUCACGCGGACCACGCGCCGGCUAUACACAGCAAGCGGGACGAGAUCACGGCCGCCUGGCAGAAACUGGUGCAAAAGGCCAAGGAACGUCGUUCCGAGUUGGAGUCGUCGUACGCACUGCACCGCUUCCUGGCGGACUACCGCGACCUGAUCUCGUGGAUCAGCGACAUCCGCGCGCUCAUCGCCGCGGAUGAGCUGGCCAAGGACGUGCCCGGGGCCGAGGCUCUGCUGGAGAGGCACCAGGAGCAUAAGGGCGAAAUGGACGCCCGGUCGGACGUGAUGGUGUCGUGCGGUCGCGCGGGCGAGGCGCUAGUGGCCAGCGGUCACCGCAGCGCGCCGGACGUGGCUGCGGCGCUGGCGACGCUAGCACGCGACCACGCGGCGCUGCUGCAGCUGUGGGAGCAGCGCCGCGUGCUGUAUCUGCAGUGCAUGGACCUGCAGCUGUUCUACCGCGACACGGAGCAGGCCGACGCCUGGAUGCACAAGCAGGAGGCCUUCCUCGCCAACGAAGACGUCGGCGACUCCCUGGACUCUGUCGAAGCCCUGCUGAAGAAGCACGAAGACUUUGAGAAGUCGCUCGCGGCUCAGGAGGAGAAGAUCAAGGCGCUUGACGAGUUCGCGUCGAAGCUUAUACAGGGACAACACUAUGCCGCCGACGAUGUCGCACAGCGUAGGGAGAUGUUGCUGGAGCGGCGCGCGGCCCUGCAAGAGAAGUCCAACCAGCGCCGGGCGCUACUCGAGGACGCGUACAAGUACCAGCAGUUUGAGCGCGACUGCGACGAGACCAAAGGCUGGAUCAACGAGAAACUGAAGUUCGCGACGGACGAUUCCUACCUGGACCCCACCAACCUGAACGGCAAGGUGCAGAAGCACCAGAACUUCGAACAAGAGCUGCAGGCCAACAAGCCCAGGGUCAACGAGAUCACAGCUUCUGGCCAGACUCUGUUGCAGCAGGAACACUUUGCGAUACCUCAAAUCGAAUCCCGCCUGGGCGAGUUGGCGGGGCUGUGGGAGAAGCUGGUGCUAGCGUCGGAACACAAGGGCAGCAAGCUGCAGGAGGCGGCGCAACAGCAGCAGUUCAACCGCGCCGUGGAAGACAUCGAGCUGUGGCUCUCGGAGGUCGAGGGGCAACUCCUCAGCGAAGACUACGGCAAGGACCUGACGAGCGUGCAGAACCUGCAGAAGAAGCACGCGCUGCUGGAGGCGGACGUCAGCGCGCACGCGGAGCGCAUCGACGCUGUGCGCGCGCAGGCCGAGGCUUUCAUCGACCGCGGACACUUCGACGCCGAUAACAUUAAGGCUAAGAGGGACGCGCUGGUGACGCGCUACGCGGCGCUGGACAAGCCCAUGGCGGUGCGCAAGCGGCGGCUGCUGGACUCGCUGCAGGCGCAGCAGCUGUUCCGCGACCUCGACGACGAGAGCGCCUGGAUCCGCGAGAAGGAACCCAUCAUCGCAUCUACCAACAGAGGUCGCGACCUGAUCGGCGUUCAGAACCUGAUGAAGAAGCACCAAGCGGUGAUGGGCGAGAUGGCGCAGCACGAAGCUAGGGUGGAGGCCGUGAGGGCCGCGGGCGCCGCGCUGCAGGACGCGGGACACUUCGCGGCCGACGACAUCGCCGCGCGGCUGCAGCAGCUCACGCAGCAGUGGCACCAGCUGCAGGAGAAGGCGCUCCAGCGCAAACGAGACCUGGAAGACUCGCUCCAAGCGCAGCAGUACUUCGCGGACGCCAACGAAGCGGAGUCCUGGAUCCGCGAGAAGGAGCCAAUGGCGAACACCCACGACUACGGCAAGGACGAGGACUCUUCCGAAGCGCUGCUGAAGAAGCACGAAGCGCUGCUGUCCGAUCUUGAGGCCUUCGGGAACACCAUCAAGUCUUUGAGGGAGCAGGCUGACGCGUGCCGACAACAAGAAUCGCCCGUGGUCGACGUGUCCGGCAAGGAGUGUGUGGUCGCUCUGUACGACUACGCUGAGAAAUCUCCGCGAGAGGUCUCCAUGAAGAAGGGAGAUGUCCUCACUCUGCUCAACUCCAACAAUAAGGACUGGUGGAAGGUUGAGGUGAAUGACCGCCAAGGCUUUGUCCCCGCCGCCUACGUGAAGAAGAUCGAUGCCGGGCUGUCUUCCUCGCAGCAGAACCUCGCUGAUUCCAGCUCUAUUGCCGCCAGGCAGAACCAGAUCGAGGCCCAAUACGACAAUCUGCUGGGCCUGGCCCGCGAGCGUCAGAACAAACUCAAUGAGACAGUCAAGGCCUACGUGCUGGUGCGAGAGGCGGCUGAACUCGCCACGUGGAUCAAGGACAAGGAAAUGCACGCACAAGUUCAAGACGUCGGCGAGGACCUGGAGCAGGUGGAGGUGAUGCAGAAGAAGUUCGACGACUUCCAGAACGAUCUGCGAGCGAAUGAAGUGCGAUUGGCCGAGAUGAACGAGAUCGCCGUUCAGUUGAUGACUGUGGGACAGACUGAGGCAGCUUUGAAGAUCAAGACUCAAAUGCAGGAGCUGAACUCGAAGUGGACGUCGCUGCAGCAGCUGACGGCGGAGCGCGCGGCACAGCUGGGCAGCGCGCACGAGGUGCAGCGCUUCCAUCGCGACGUGGACGAGACCAAGGACUGGGUCGCGGAGAAGGAGGCCGCGCUGGCCUCCGACGACCUCGGCAAGGAUCUGCGCUCCGUGCAGACUUUGCAGCGCAAACACGAGGGCCUGGAGCGUGACCUGGCGGCGUUGGGCGACAAGAUCCGCCAACUGGACGACACCGCCAACCGCCUCAUGUCCACGCACGGGGACUCCGCCGACGCCACCUACAGCAAGCAGCGCGAGAUCAACGCCGCGUGGCAGCAGCUGCAGGCCAGGGCCACCGCCCGCAAGGAGAAGCUGCUGGACUCUUAUGAUCUGCAGAGAUUCCUCUCGGACUACCGCGAUCUGAUGGCGUGGAUCAACUCCAUGAUGGCGCUAGUGAGCUCCGACGAGCUCGCCAAUGACGUCACCGGCGCCGAAGCUCUUCUCGAGAGGCACCAGAACCAGCGCCUGGAGAUAGACGCGCGGUACGGCAUUAUGCCGCAGGAGCACCGCACAGAGAUGGACGCCCGCGCGGGCACUUUCCAAGCGCUGGAGCUGUUCGGGCAGCAGCUGCUGCAGGGCGGACACUACGCCAGCGCCGACAUCCAGGACAAACUGAACGACAUGGCCGACGCUCGCCAGCAGCUCGAGAAGGCGUGGGUGGCUCGCCGCCUGAAACUGGACCAGAACCUGGAGCUGCAACUGUUCUACCGCGACUGCGAACAAGCGGAGAACUGGAUGCAGGCGCGGGAGGCCUUCCUGUCGCCGCCGGAGGCCGACCAGGCCGACGCGGCGCUGCCCGACAACGUGGAGCAGCUGAUCAAGAAGCACGAGGACUUCGACAAGGCCAUCAACGCUCAUGAGGAGAAGAUAGCCCAGCUGCAAACCCUGGCGGACCAGCUGAUCGCGUCGGAGCACUACGCCGCGGACCCCAUCGACCACAAGCGGCGGCAGGUGCUCGACCGCUGGCGCCAUCUCAAGGAGGCCCUCAUCGAGAAGCGAUCCAGGCUCGGUGACGAACAAACCCUUCAGCAGUUCUCGCGCGACGCCGAUGAGAUGGAAAACUGGAUAGCGGAGAAACUGCAGCUCGCCACAGAGGAAAGCUACAAGGACCCCGCAAACAUCCAGUCGAAGCACCAGAAGCACCAGGCCUUCGAGGCGGAGCUGGCGGCCAACGCGGAGCGGAUCCAGAGCGUGCUGGCGAUGGGCGGCAACCUCGUGCAGCGCGGCCAGUGCAGCGGCAGCGAGGGCGCCGUACAGGCUCGCCUAGCGUCCAUCGCCGACCAAUGGGAGUUCCUGACCCAGAAGACAACAGAGAAGUCUCUGAAGCUGAAGGAGGCCAACAAGCAGCGCACCUACAUCGCCGCAGUCAAGGACCUCGACUUCUGGCUUGGAGAGGUGGAGACCCUCCUGACGUCGGAGGACUCUGGCAAGGACCUGGCGUCGGUACAGAAUCUCAUGAAGAAGCACGACCUGGUGGAGGCGGACAUCGCCGCGCACGAGGACCGGAUCAAUGACAUGAACGCGCAAGCGGACGCCCUGGUGGCUAGCGGACAAUUCGACACGGCCGGCAUCGGCUCCCGACGCUCCGCCAUCAACGAGCGCUUCGAGCGCGUGCGCAACCUCGCCACACACCGCCGCGCUAGGUUGCACGAGGCCAACACAUUACAUCAGUUCUUCAGGGACAUCGCCGACGAGGAAUCCUGGAUCAAGGAGAAGAAGCUCCUGGUGGCGUCGGACGACUACGGCCGCGACCUGACGGGCGUCCAGAACCUGCUGAAGAAGCACAAGCGGCUGGAGGCGGAGCUGGCGAGCCACGAGCCCGCGAUACAGGCGGUGCAGGAGGCCGGGGAGAAACUCAUGGACGUGUCCAACCUCGGCGUGCCCGAGAUCGAACAGCGGCUGAAGGCUUUGUCGCAGGCGUGGUCGGAGCUCCAGGGCCUGGCCGGAGAGAGAGGCGCCAAGUUGCAGCAGUCGCUCGCCUACCAGCAGUUCUUGGCGAAGCUGGACGAGGAGGAAGCCUGGAUCAGCGAGAAGCAGCAGUUAGUAGUUGUGAGCGACUGCGGCGACAGCAUGGCGGCCGUGCAGGGUCUGCUGAAGAAGCACGAAGCCCUGGAGGCCGAGCUGCAGGCCCGCGGGCAGCGGGUGAAGGAGCUGGCGACCGACGCUGAGCGUCUGGUGGCUGAUGGCAACUUGCACUCUGAAGCGCUUACGCACCGCAUGGGGGCGCUGCAGGCUAAACUGGAGAAACUGACGAACCUGGCGGCGCGGCGCAAGGCGGCGCUGGUGGACAACUCCGCGUACCUGCAGCUGCUGUGGAAGGCGGACGUGGUGGAGUCCUGGAUCGCGGACAAGGAGACGCACGUGCGCUCCGACGAGUUCGGCCGCGACUUGUCCACCGUGCAGACCUUGCUCACCAAGCAGGAGACCUUCGAUGCUGGCCUGGCCGCCUUCGAGCACGAGGGCAUCCAGAACAUCACCGCGCUGAAGGAGCAGCUGGUGGCGGCGCACCACGAGCAGUCGCCCGCCAUCGUGAAGCGGCACGCCGACGUCAUCGCGCGCUGGCAGCGGCUGCUGGCCGACUCCGACGCCAGGAAGAAGAGGCUGCUGCAGCUGCAGGAGCAGUUCCGCCAGAUCGAGGAGCUCUACCUCACGUUUGCCAAGAAGGCGUCGGCCUUCAACUCGUGGUUCGAGAACGCCGAGGAGGACCUGACGGACCCGGUGCGCUGCAACUCCAUCGAGGAGAUACGCGCGCUACGCGACGCGCAUGCGCAGUUCCAGGCGUCGCUGUCGUCGGCGCAAAGCGACUUCGAGGCGCUGGCGGCGCUCGACGCGCAGAUCAAGUCGUUCAACGUGGGCGCCAACCCCUACACCUGGUUCACCAUGGAGGCGCUCGAGGAGACCUGGAGGAACCUGCGCAAGAUCAUCGCUGAGCGCGACGUGGAGCUGACGAAGGAGGCUCAGCGCCAGGAGGAGAACGACAAGCUUCGCAAGGAGUUCGCCAAACACGCCAACGCCUUCCACCUGUGGCUCACCGAGACUCGGUACAUGCUGCUAGGCUGGGACGGUACAUCGAUGAUGGAGGGCACGGGGUCGCUGGAGCAGCAGCUGGCGACGCUGCGCACGCGCGCCGGCGAGGUUCGCUCCAGGAGGGCUGACCUGCGACGCCUGGAAGAAUUGGGCGCCGCUCUCGAAGAGCACUUGAUCCUGGACAACCGCUACACGGAGCACAGCACGGUGGGCCUGGCCCAGCAGUGGGACCAGCUGGACCAGCUGUCCAUGCGCAUGCAGCACAACCUGGAGCAGCAGAUCCAGGCCAGGAACCAUUCUGGCGUGAGCGAAGACGCGCUGAAGGAGUUCUCGAUGAUGUUCAAGCACUUCGAUAAGGAUCGCUCGGGCAGACUCAACCACCACGAGUUCAAGUCGUGUCUGCGGGCGCUGGGCUACGACCUGCCCAUGGUCGAGGAAGGGCAGCCUGAUCCCGAGUUUGAGGCAAUACUGAACGUGGUGGACCCGAACCGCGACGGGCAGGUGUCCCUGCAGGAGUACAUGGCGUUCAUGAUCAGCAAGGAGACCGAGAACGUGCACUCCUCUGAGGAGAUCGAGAACGCCUUCCGCGCCAUCACCGCGCACCAGGACCGCGCAUACGUCACCAAGGAUGAGCUCUAUGCUAACCUGACGAAGGAGAUGGCGGACUACUGCGUGGCGCGCAUGAAGCCGUACUCGGACCCCAAGACCGAGCGGCCGCUGCCCAACGCCCUCGACUACAUCGACUUCACGCGCACGCUCUUCCAGAACUAAUCCGCCUAGCGUUCAGCCCGACUACACGCUUGGAAAAUAUAUGUUUUUUUUCAUUCAUACGCGCAAUUUGAUUUCCCUAUUUUUGUGUCUAUUGUUUUCAGAUACGUUGGGAUUGUUUGACGUUUGUAGCGUAUAUGUUUAGAACAGACUUCGUAAUGAUUGGGAAUGAUUAUAUACUUUUGUAUAGUAUUGAGUAUCUCUCAUAAUCGGAUCUUAACAUCGCGAACAAAAUGCCAUAAUUUUCUAUGACGCUAUGGUUCACAAUUCUAAAAUGCCACCGUAAUAGAUAUUCAGUUUAUUCCAUUUCAAUUUGAUAAAAUAGUCACAAACAAGUAUGUGUUGCUCGGGCUACUAAAUGUUGCACAUAAAUGCAUUCGCUUACUACCAUGAUAUUCAAUUAGACUAUUUGCAUUUAAAAAUAAAUUAUUAAACAUAGAUAUUUAUCAGAGAAAUGUGUGGUGUCUGAAGGUUUCACUUGCUUUCUAUUCGAAUGUAAGUCUUCUAUAGCACGAAUAUAUUUUACUUUUGUAUAUAUAGAGGGUCUGAAUUCCUUUUCUCUGAGUCUAGCAGAGAGAUACGAAGCUCCCUAGUAUUUUAAUAAAAGGAACUGUAUUAAGGGAUUCAAAUUAAAACCUAUUAAAUUAUACAUAAUAAAUAUGAAUGAUUUUUCAUAUUUUCUUAGAUCAAAAUAGAAUGUCCCUUGUCUAUCCUUGCCCUUUCAAAAGUACAAUCUAUACACGCUCUUUCCA